GGGAACUUGGUAGCUGUUGGCACUCACAAAGGCUUUGUACAGAUCUGGGAUGCAGCUGCAGGAAAAAAGCUCUCCAUGCUAGAGGGGCACACGGCCAGAGUCGGUGCCUUGGCGUGGAAUGCGGACCAGCUCUCUUCUGGGAGUCGUGACAGGAUGAUCCUUCAGAGGGACAUCCGCACCCCACCCCUGCAGUCUGAGCGGCGGCUCCAGGGCCACAGGCAGGAGGUCUGUGGGCUCAAAUGGUCUACGGACCACCAGCUCCUGGCCUCUGGAGGAAAUGAUAAUAAGCUCCUUGUCUGGAAUCACUCCAGCCUGAGUCCUGUCCAGCAAUACACAGAGCAUCUUGCAGCAGUAAAAGCUAUUGCCUGGUCUCCACACCAGCAUGGACUCCUUGCCUCCGGCGGUGGGACAGCUGACCGCUGCAUACGCUUCUGGAACACGCUCACGGGGCAGCCUUUGCAGUGCAUCGACACUGGGUCGCAAGUGUGCAACCUGGCCUGGUCGAAACACGCCAAUGAGCUGGUGAGUACCCACGGCUACUCGCAGAACCAGAUCCUCGUCUGGAAAUACCCCUCAUUAACUCAAGUAGCAAAGCUAACGGGGCACUCCUACCGAGUCUUGUAUCUGGCAAUGUCUCCUGAUGGGGAGGCCAUAGUUACAGGAGCUGGAGAUGAAACCUUGCGCUUCUGGAACGUCUUCAGUAAAACUCGCUCGACAAAGGAGUCUGUAUCUGUCCUCAACCUCUUCACCAGGAUACGAUAA